GCGCCCUCCCGCCCCCUGAGCUGUGACCUCCAAGGAGGGCCAAGAGAAGAUGGCGGCCUGGGCAACUGGGGCCAUGGCUUGGCAGGUGAGGCAGUUCAGCACCUCUGCGGCCCGACCGUUUGCCAAACUAGUCCGGCCUCCGAUUCAGGUUUACGGUCUGGAAGGUCGCUACGCCACUGCUCUCUACUCGGCGGCAGCCAAGCAGAAGAAACUGGAACAAGUAGAAAAGGAGCUCAUCAGAGUAGCCCAACUUCUGAAGGAACCCAAAAUGGCCGCUUCCAUUCUCAACCCCCAUGUCAAGCGUGCUGUGAAGAUGAAAAACCUGAAUGACAUCACUGCAAAAGAGAAGUUUUCCCCCAUCACCACCAACUUGAUCAGUCUGCUGGCUGAAAACGGCCGCCUAAACAACACCCCUGGAGUCAUUUCCGCCUUCACCACCAUGAUGAGCGUGCACCGGGGAGAAGUCCCGUGCUCCGUGACCACGGCUUCCGCCCUAGAUAGUGCCACGCUGACAGAGCUCAAGACCGUCCUCAACAGCUUCCUGACUAAGGGCCAAGUGUUGAAACUGGAAGUUAAGACGGACCCAUCAAUCAUGGGAGGGAUGAUUGUCCGCAUUGGGGAGAAAUUUGUCGAUAUGUCUGCAAGAACCAAGAUUCAGAAGCUGAGCAGAGUGAUGAAAGAGGCUAUCUGAAAGGAGUGUUGUUCUUCCCCACCACCCUUGGGUGCGGACCGCCCCCUAAAACUUGUGGCAACAAUAAACUAUUUCUUGAACCUA